UAGUUCUUUGUUCAAAACGUUACCGGUUUUCAAGACCGGGGCUAUCAACCACUCAGCCAUCUCUCCGAAAGACAGUUUUUAUUUUCUUCUUCCGAAUCGAACAUGGCCAUAGGGGAUGGAUACCCUUACUAUCUGUAGAAAGACCUCAGGUGUGAAUCUACCGAUCGAUCCAUCUAUCCAUCCACCAUAUCCACUUGUGAAAUAAAAAAAGAAAUUCCAUUUCCCUUGACUCCAUGUACGGAUAGAGUGGUAAAGGGGGUGGUAACAAGUCCAAUCGAUUCGUGGUACACGAAAAUCCCUUGAUGAUGUAUUUUCUUAUAUAGGGAUCAAAUGGUAUAGUUUAUUUGUCGGUAUCUUGGAGGAUUAAAAGCAUGACUCUUGUUUUCCAAUUGGCUGUUUUUGCAUUAAUUCUUACUUCAAUAAUCUUAUUGGUUAGCAUACCUGUCGCAUUUGCUUCUCCUGGUGGUUGGUCAAGUAAGAAAAAUGUUGUAUUUUCUGGCGCAUCAUUAUGGAUUGGAUUAGUCUUUCUGGUGGGUAUCCUUAAUUCUCUGAUCUCUUGAACCUAUUCGUCCCAGACCCAAAACAAAAAUGACCCCCCAAAAAAAGAAAAUUAGAGGGGGGUCAAACUUCUUGGAUGAAAAAAAAAGAGAAUUCAUUAGAUAUAGAAAAUAAUUGGAAUCUCUCUGAAGAGAGUCUCCAGCUCGACCCUGCACAAAUAGGAUUCGGGUAUAUAUGAUAAUAUAUCUGUGGAUAUAUUGUGUAUCACGAAUAAAAAACGCGGAUAUAGUCGAAUGGUAAAAUUUCUCUUUGCCAAGGAGAAGAUGCGGGUUCGAUUCCCGUUAUACGCGAUGUGGCGAAAAAGACGGAUUCAACGAGAUAUGCCUUGCCCUGCAUUAAGAUUUCAAACUUGUCGUCUACUUUCAGGAAAUGUUUGGAACAGAGAACUUACAAUAAUACAGCGCCGCAUUCUCCAAAGAUUGAGAAACAAGAAGAGAUCUAUUAAGAGAAAGAUUUAUUCGAGAGAAAAUCUUAACAGUUACAUUCAAUCACAAACAACACGAAAGUUGUCCCUUUUUCAUGGAGAUUUACCCAUCACAGAGAUGCACAGAAGAAGAAAACGAUCAUAUAUCCCUUUUCUACUCAAUCCAGAAACAAGAUCGGACGUUAUUCCGGUUCGUCUCCAUUUUCGUGAAACUAUUCCUCAAGCAAGGCAUAAGAUAAGUCAUCGAAGGGUUUGUGUGAAUAAUAGAAUGGUAAACAUUAUUCAUUUUAAAGUGUCCCACGGUGAUAUAAUAUCUUUUCAAGAAAAUGAUGCGAGAACCCGCGGUGAAGAAAUAAGGAGAUCUUUCUAUAGCGAAAUAUCAGUUGAUAAAUUCAUAGGAAAAUUUCUGGAUCGCCCGGUGAGAAUGUUCCGAAGAACAAAAACAGAAUGGUUCCGAAAACUCAAAACUAAGAAGGAAUGCCGCCUACUACUAAAAUCCCAGUUUUUGCAACAGUUGCGUUCUUCUAUGCAAGAAGAAGACACAAAGAAGUUUGGAUCCAAAAAAGUAUGCUUAGGCAGUUAUUUCGAUGAGCACAACAGAAUGAAGAGGAAUUUGUAUCAUUUCAAAUCCCUAUUCUUAUCGAAGAGAAGGAACGAGAAAAACCGAAAUUUUCCUACUCAAACAAGAAAUCCUAUAGUUUACAACUCUUCUUUAUAUAGAAAUUCGACCUAUUGCUCCGCAUCCCCCCUGAAGUUUACUAUGAAGAGAAAAAUCAAAAGAAUCGAACUACCUACUCAUUAUUCGGAGGUGAAUCAUAGAACACCAAAAGCUGUGGUAUCUUAUGGACCUAACAUAGGUCACAUCCCUCACAACAUAAGAUUGAAAGAUCCAAACCUUCUUCUUCUCCGCGGAAACGAACGUGGCCAAAACAUAUAAAGAUCCGCGUAGUCGCUCAUAAGGGACAUAUCUAUCCGGAUAGAGGAUAGUCUAGAUCGAUUCAUAGAUAGAUCUCUCGUAAUAUAGAUAGGUAUCUUCGUGGAUAGAGAUAAAGAUAGGGAUCCAUCUAGGUCUUGAAUAACUAUUUCCAUUUUUUUUCUUUUUGACGACAAGUUUUAACCAGUUAGUUAAAGGGCAAGGAAAUAUCGUUUUUCAAUUAUUAGGGUCGGAGCGUAGACGAAGCGAGCAGAGCCCAGGAAAGAGGAAAGCCCGUCAUAAAGCAGUCGACUAGAAGUAGAAGACUGCUGGCCUGAGAGAAGGCGGCCUCUCCCGGGAAACAUGGCAAAAUCUCUCUUCUUUCUUUUUGAUUUUGUGGGUAGGUUCAGUAAGAGCAGAGGAGAUCAGAUACACGGAAACGAAGACCUUCGAGCACAAAUAUUGGACCGGGAAGAAAAAAGGGGAAAAAGGGAAAGUCUAAGUACAUAUGGCACGAAAGGGAAAUCCGAUUUCGGUCAGACUUGAUCUGAAUCGUAGUUCAGAUUCAAGUUGGUUCAGUGAGGGCGACCACGAAAGUCACCGAAUGGGUCAGUCUUUUCCUUCAGUUUGUCCCAGAUUUCAAAUAGAAAAAGGCGUGGGAGGACGUUGCGGAUGUCCGGGGCGGACACGACUUCUGAUAUUUGUUGGCUAGAAGACCACUGAAAGACACCCAGGACUAGAGCAUGUCGUGAAAGAAGCACACUGGGCGGGCGUGCUUCGACCGUGUCUCCGGGGCACAGUUGAAUGUAGAUAUCAUGAACGUGAGGUGCAGGAUACCAGGCCGAGAAACCCGGGCAACCACUCCCCUAUGUGCCAAUCGCUAGCGCAUCCAGGGCCCCGGCGCCCAGCUCAGCUGGAGAGGCCUAGCCUGAUCUGAGAAGUGCUAAUUCGGUUCGGAUAGACUUCAUUCAAGAAUGCCGCCGCCCUUGGAAUCAAUAAGAAAAGAAGUGCUAAGUUUCAGAUCAGUGAAUAACCCGAAACGAAAGAAGAGACAUUUCUCGCUCGGCGCCUAAAGCGCACUAUGCUCCGCUUCAACAAAUGAGAGUUUUCGGUGGAACCGGUGAACCACGCGAGCUGGUUAGAUGCGUGGGACAGAGGGCUCGUAGUACCUGCUAGCGCAGCUAUGCAGUAGAAGGGAAGGAGCCUAAAUCGACCCCCUUCUUUCUUUUUUUUCUUUGAAAAAAAAAAGCAGUACAAGGAAACUUUUAUUGUUGUCGGAUGAGACUAAGCAGCUACCGACCGUUCCGACGCGCCCUUGACCUAUAUAAAAACCAAAAACCUAUAGGGGAGCCUAGUUUAAGCUGUCAAACAAAGGAUAGAAUGGAAAAUCAAGAAUAACCACUAGUAGGGGUAUGGGUUACGUCUCGCUCAGUAAAGAGAGUUGUAGAUUCGUAAAAGAGGAGAGGAGCCUUGACUUUCUAUCAACUUAGUCAAGCGCGCUAGUUGCAAUCAAACUAAACUAAAGCAAGAAGUGAGAAAGUUGACUUUGAGUUUGAGAAAGAAGGGCAACUUUUUAGAUUCGUUUCUUAGUAAAGGUUCGUUAGAACUCGAGCGACAGCGAGAGGUUCAGAAGGAGCGACAGGUCAAGGGAUGUUUGGGGCUCGCCCUAAUUCAUAAUGAAUAAGCAGGAGAGGUUUGUAGGCGCAUCCGUUUUCUUGCUCGUUCGCGGCUUUCGUUUUCAAUAAAGGACGUUUAGGCUUUUCUAAUCGUUUAAGAUAGAAAGGGCCUUUCCUUUCACAACUGCCUCUUCUUGCUGCGAGGGCGUUGCACGAAAGCAAACCGCCCCCCGCCCGAUCAAGUACCAGUUGCUUCGCUGGUAGGCCCGCUUACGGGGGCAUUGUCCCUCAGUUCUUACCAACCUCCGGUGUGUAAUCGACAUCUUGCUAGCUAUAACUCGGUCGAAUAAGAAUCAUUGAUUCCCUCUGCUGUCAAUUUCUUAUUCAUUCAUGGCGCUCGCUUAGGUAUUCGAAAAGGGCUCCUUUCUCAUCUCAAACCAGAACAACUCUGAACGUUAGGGAAGAGUUGGGAAGACCACCUGAGCGAACCGACCGAAGGGACUUGACUUAUCCGAACCGAACGAUAGCGGCUUAAAGCUAAGCCUAUCACGAGAAUCAAAAUCCUUGAUCGACGGGGAGGAGCAUCUCAAAGUAUGGGGCAAAGGAUAAAGCGCUUUUACUUUGUCUCCGGGAUCCACCACAGGUUGGGUUUGAGAGCCGUGUGAUGGGUCACUAUCCAGCACGGUUCGGAGAGCACUUUUAGUCUGCGUUGGUGAAUAGAAGCCCCCCCUAUCAAGCAAGAAGGAAGCGGCUCUUCCCACGGCUCUGUCACCAUUGACUCUAUUUAUUAU